AGGGUAUUUAAGGAACGCAGUCAAUGAUUAUACCGCGUGCUUAAACUUUUACAGUGUGCGACGCUUUUCCAGUAAAAACCGUUAAAUGGUAGGGAAGCCGUUUUUUGGAGAUCUGUAGCCGCCUAACAAUAGAGCUUCAGUUAAAUCCAUAGCCGAUGGCAACCACUGCAAAGAGACCGUCCCUGCAGGGACCAGUGCCUCCUCCUCGCAAGAAGACAAAUCCCAAACCAGAGCUGACUGAGGAGCAGAAGCAGGAGAUCAGGGAGGCCUUUGAGCUGUUUGACACCGAUGGCUCUGGAUACAUUGAUGUCAAGGAGCUGAAGGUGGCAAUGAGAGCUCUGGGGUUUGAACCAAAGAAAGAGGAGAUCAAGAAGAUGAUUGGUGAGGUGGACAAAGAUGGAACUGGGAAGCUCUCCUUUGCUGACUUCCUCACCGUCAUGACACAAAAAAUGGCUGAGAAAGAUUCAAAAGAGGAGAUCCUGAAAGCAUUCCGUCUGUUUGACGAUGAUGAGACGGGCAAGAUCUCAUUCAAGAAUCUAAAAAGAGUGGCCAAAGAGCUCGGGGAAAACUUAACAGAUGAAGAGCUGCAGGAAAUGAUUGAUGAAGCAGACAGGGAUGGAGAUGGGGAAGUGAACCAGCAGGAGUUUUUGCGUAUUAUGAAGAAAACGUGCCUGUACUGAAGAAGGUUCAUUGGACAUACGCUUCGUAAAGAGGACCAGAGAUGAGUUUACAUUACACCUUGUUCAGAUUCAGACCCCCCCACCCCCAAAUUUUCUUACUAUAGUGUUGUGUUAUUGAUGAUCAUCACACAAAAAAGUUUAAAGAUACUAUGAUUUUUGACGAGUAAAUUAUGUGGCCACAUGAAAUACAGUUGUGGUCAGAAGUUUACAUACACUCAUCAUAUACGUGAAUGUCGUAGCAACGGUGGCCUGUCAAUGAAUUCUCUGAACGGAUCGUUUUCUGUGGCAGAAUGAUUGUGCAACAGAAAUCUUUAAUAGAAGGAAAACAGAAUUUGGGGAAGAGGUUCAUUUAUUUAUUUUAUCAGCACAGGGCCAAAAUUAUACAUACAGGAUCAAAAAUAUAGACUUGCAUUAUUAAUUUGGUGAUACUGAAACGUCAAGAAUUCAAUUUGCCAAUGCCUCUUCAUUUCUUAUUAGUGAUCAUGAUUGUCUGUAGCUGGUAGUGUCUGUGUUCCAACAUA